AUCGUUCUGAGCAAGAACUUAUCAUCUUGCUGGCAGAGUUAUUUCUAAAAGAGAAUAUAAUAGAAACAUGGCGAACAAGGCUUUGUUGUUGUGCGCAGUGUUGAUGACAAUUUUUGUCACUGUCAAUUCAGCUCCAUCUGAAUACUCUGUUCCUGUUGGCGCAACACAGGAUGAAGAAUGGGAGUAUUAUAAGACUUACUUCAAGAAGACUUAUGAAACACCCGAAGAAAAUGAAAAACGCAAGGGUCUCUAUUUCCAAAAGAAAGCCUCUAUUGACGAACACAACAAGAAAUACGAAGCCGGUGAGGUAUCGUUUUCUCAAGGAAUCAACCAUUUCGCUGAUUUGACAGACGAAGAGUUCAAGAAUGUAUGCUGUGGUCUUAUUAUCCCAGAAUCGGAAAAAACUCGUCGCAAGCGCGAAUCAGGAGACAAAUCCUUCGAAGAAACAAUUGCUGAAGGAACUUCAAUCGAUGAUGAAUGGGUUGCUUUUAAGAAGUUCUUCAAAAAAACUUACGAAGGCGAAGAAGAUGCAAAACGUAAGGCUAUUUACGUUCAAACCAAGAAGGAAUAUGCUGAACACAACAAAAAGUACGCAGCAGGUGAAUUUUCCUAUCCAAAAAAAAUCGGGCCAUUUGCUGAUCACACAAAAGAAGAAUUCGAUAAAACUCAUACAGGAGUAAUUCUGCCCGAUGAAUUAAAGAACCGACACAAGCGUAAUGCUUUUGAAGUUCCUGAAGGCACAAGCAUCGAUGACGAAUGGAUUGCUUACAAGAAGUUCUUCGAAAAAAACUAUGACGAAGAAGAAGAUGCUAAACGUAAGGCUAUUUACAUCCAAACUAAGAAAGACAUUGAAGAACACAACAAAUUGUUCAAAGCCGGAGAAGUUUCAUAUUCGAAGGGAAUCAACCAAUUUGCUGAUAAAACAAAAGACGAAUUCAAAAAACACUCUCUUGGAUUAAAAGUACCUGACUCUGAGCAAACUCGUCGUAAGCGAGGAGACAAACCAUUUGAAGAAACAAUCGCUGAAGGCACUUCAAUCGAUGAUGAAUGGACUGCUUACAAAAAACACUUCAACAAGAACUAUGACAGUGACGAAGAUGCAAAACGCAAAGCUAUUUACAUUGAAACCAAGAAGGAAAUCGCAGAACAUCAAAAAUUGUAUAAAGCCGGCGAAGUUUCAUACCCCAAAAAAAUUGGACCAUUCGCUGAUCACACAGCAGAAGAAUUCCAAAAAACUCACACCGGAAUUAUAAUUCCUGAUGAAUUGAAAGAACGUAACAAGCGUGAAACAGAAAACAAACAUUUUGAAGAAACAAUUGCUGAAGGUACUCCAAUCGAUGACGAAUGGGUUGCUUACAAGAAAUUUUUCGAAAAGACCUAUGAAGGCGAAGAAGAUGAAAAACGCAAGGCAAUCUACGUCGAAAACAAGAAGAAGGUUCAGGAACACAACAAAUUGUACAAAACUGGAGAAGUCUCUUACUCAUUAGGCAUCAACCAAUUUUCCGACAAGACAGAGGAAGAAUUCAAGAAAACACACACGGGAGUUAUUUUGCCAUCAUCUCAUUAAAAAAUUGUAUUGUAUUUCGAAUUGAAAUGCCCCAUUUUGAACUUUUUUAACCUGAUAAACGAAUA